AUGAGUCAUUAUUUCCGUUAUCUGAAUACAUUUGAUCAUACUUAUUCUCUACAGGAGGACGCAAUAUUGUCUGAUGAACUAAAUCACGCAUCUAUCAUCGACGGAAUUCGACUUUGUAAAGCAAAUAAAUAUAGAUAUAAACAUUUGGAUAUGAGAGAUCUUGAGGAAAAACUGAUUGAUGCACAGAAAUGUCGCCAUAGAAUGAUAGCAACUGAUGGUGUAUUCAGUAUGGACGGAGAUGUUGCACCGCUUCGCGACAUAUGUGAUCUUGCAGAAAAGUACAAGGCAUUUGUAUUCAUUGAUGAAUGCCACGCUACUGGAUUUCUGGGCAAAACUGGAAGAGGAACAGAUGAACUGCUUGGUGUCCAGAGUCGUGUGGCCAUCAUUAACUCAACUCUGGGCAAGGCAUUGGGAGGUGCAGCGGGAGGAUACACUACUGGCCCAAAACCUAUCAUCGAUUUGCUUCGGAAUCGAUCUCGUCCUUAUCUUUUUUCAAACAGUUUACCACCUCCAGUGGUUGGCUGCGCAAGUAGGGUAUUCGACAUUUUGACGAAAAGUAGUGGGCUAGUUGAGAACAUAAGCUUAAAAACUGAGAGAUUUCGAGGUCAAAUGGUAAAAGCUGGGUUCAAAAUCUUAGGAAACAAUCAUCCAAUAUGUCCCGUUUUUCUCGAAGAUGCUAAGCUAGCUUCUGGAAUGGCUGAAAAACUAUUACAAAAAGGCAUAUAUGUCAUUGGAUUCAGUUAUCCAGUAGUUCCAGUUGGCAAAGCAAGGAUACGUGUUCAGAUAUCAGCAUCACACAGCAACGAAGACGUCGAUAGAGCUGUCGAAGCUUUUGUUGAAGUUGGAAAAGAAAUGGGAGUCAUUUCAUAAACAUGGCGUCUUUAUAACUUUUAAUAUUUUAUUACAAACUGUGCUCGGUUAAUUUCGGAUAAACUUGAAUUGGCGCAGGGUGCAUUUUGAAUUGCUUCUACGAUAUGUUCAUUUGGACAAAUGUUCUUUUCAUUGCCAACGAUUAUCCAAGUAACAAUAUUCACGUAAAAACAUUGCAUUUCCGAAAUAUUAUGGAUGACACUUUUGAAAGGUGAUAUCAUCAUGUGGGAUUUGGUGAAUGUAUACUGUGCUAAAAUCAAAAUUAGGAUGAGUCGUCUCGUGUAGGCUACCCCAUAUUAUACCAGUAGCAACUGUAUUCAAUGUUGUCAAUGUUAUUUAAUAAAAUAUGAAAAUAUAUACAUAUAUAUAUUCACA